GGCAUAAUCAUUAAAUGUCCGGCAGCACACACUUUUUCUCUUUUCUUACUUUCUUUUCCUUUUUUUUUUAAAAAAAAACUUGAUAAUCUAUAAAGAUGGAUGUAAUUAAAGCAAUACAAUAUUAUGCAGAUAAAAUGAUAAAUGAUGUGCCGGGUAUGAAGGCACUUUUACUUGAUACAGAAACAACAUCCAUUAUUUCGCUUGUUACAACUCAAUCUAAUUUAUUAACUAAAGAAUGUUAUUUGAUUGACAGAAUCGAUAAUAGGAAUAGAGAUAAGAUGAAGCACAUGAAGUGCAUCUGCUUUCUUAGACCUACACAUGAGACACUUCAAUACCUUUUUGCUGAAUUAAGAGAACCUUCUUAUGGAGAUUAUUAUUUAUAUUUUAGUAAUACACUUCGUAAAUCAGAUAUUGAACAGUUAGCAGAAAUAGAUGAACAUGAAGUGAUCCGAGAAAUUCAAGAGUAUUAUGGCGACUACCUUGCUAUCAAUCCCGACUUGUUUUCGUUAGGUCAAGAUCCUGAAUGUCUCUUUGGCUCCAACAUCUCUAGUUGGGAUGCAAAUACCUUUGAGCAAACUGUUAAGGGACUUUGCUCUGUCCUAUUGAGUUUAAAGAAGAAGCCUCUUAUUCGCUAUGAACGUGAUUCACCUUUAGCAAAGAGAUUAGCGCUUGAGGUGCAAAAUACAAUUAUUUCAGAAGGACAAUUGUUCGACUUUAGACGACCCGACACACCACCUAUUUUAUUAAUUCUGGAUAGAAAAAAUGACCCAGUUACACCCUUAUUAAUACAAUGGACAUAUCAAGCGAUGGUUCAUGAAUUAAUUGGUAUUCACCAUGGUCGUGUUGAUAUGACACAUGUGCCCGAGAUUAAAAAUGAACUGAAGGAAAUUGUAUUGUCUCCUGAUCAAGAUCCUUUUUUUAAAAAAUCAAUGUAUUUAAACUUGGGUGAUUUAGGUGCAACUAUUAAACAAUAUGUUGAUGAAUAUCAAACCAAGACAAAAUCGAACAUGAGUAUUGAAUCGAUUGCUGAUAUGAAAAGAUUUGUGGAAGAAUAUCCUGAAUUUAGGAAAUUAUCUGGUAAUGUAUCAAAACAUGUAGCCCUUGUCAGUGAGUUAAGUCGACGUGUAUCAGAAGGACAUUUAUUAGAAGUUAGUGAAUUAGAGCAAGGAUUAGCUUGUAACGAAAAUCAUAAUAAUGAUUUGAAGAGCAUUCAACGUUUGAUUGAAUCUAACCAUAUUGAUGAUGAUUCUAAAGUUCGGCUUGUACUGUUAUAUGCCUUAAGAUAUGAAAAAAUGGCAACGAAUGCAAUUAAAUCUUUGAUUGAUUUGCUGGAUCAAGUAGGCAUUAGUGAGAAAAAAAGCUCACUUAUUCCUGCUAUCUUAUUUUAUGCUGGUUAUCAACAAAGACAAGACGAUUUAUUUUCAAAUCAAUCUUUCUUUUCUCGUGGUAGAAGUGCGUUGAAAGGAUUGAAGGGUGUUGAAAAUGUUUAUACCCAACAUACACCUCAUUUAGGAGAUACCUUAGAUUUGUUGGUUAAAGCUCGUCUUAAGGACACAGAUUAUCCCUUUGUUAAUAAUAACCAUAAUGAUGUCUCUAUACGUGAAAGACCUCAAGAUAUCAUUGUCUUUAUGUGUGGUGGCGUUACAUUUGAGGAAGCUAAAUACAUUGCACAAUUAAAUGCUACUCUUCCUGGUGUCCGUAUCAUUCUAGGUGGCAAUCUUGUUCAUAACUCAAAAACAUUUUUACAGCAAAUUAGUCAAGUUGGUGAAAAAUACAUGAAUUUAUCUUCUUCAUCAUUAAGAUAAUAAAACUAAGUGUUUUACAUGUUUGCAAUCUAUAUUAUAAGUGACCUAUUUCUUUAAUGAUUCUACUGUAAUUGACCCUAUGCAACACUCUAUUUAUACACGCAGUCUCUUUGUUAUAUUAUGCAAUUAAUAUUCUCCAAAAUAACUUAAUCGAGUUUAAUAAAGAAAAAGAAAUAAAUAAAUGUCUACACACACACAUACACACACACACACACACACACUAUAUAUAUAUAUAUACAUUGACAUUCAUCAAAAG